GGGGACCGAGGCACGUCGGCGGCUGGUGGGGUCCGGUCUCUCAGAGUUGACUCGACCGCCGCCACUGACGCACGCGUUCUGCCUUGUUUUCCGCGUACCGGUGACAUAGAGUAGAUAUUGCUAGAAGCGUUUCGUGACUGCACUGUGAAGUUUACAAGUGAUCGUAAAAGUUAUCUCCCAAAUGGUGGUGCUUGAAGACGGUGGAAUGAUGACUACUAAUCCUAACCAAUACUUACAACCUGAUUAUUUGACUCCUCUUCCGUCCUCUCAGUUGGAUUCGAAGAAAAGCCCGCUUGCGCUUUUAGCGCAAACUUGUAGCCAGAUUGGUGUUGACUCAGCGCCAAGCAAGCCGCUGCUGCCGCCGCUAGACAAGAAGAAAGUGAAUAGUGUUAACAGUGAUACAAUGAGUCGUUCGUCUCCCACUAACACCGCGAUCAAGCCUGACAAGCCGCGCUCCACGCCGGAGCACAACAAACACUUGGCGUUCAAGCCAUAUGAAACAAAUGUUGUCACAAAGAAGCCUGAAGACAGGCCCUCGUCCAAAGCCAGUUCUGAUAGCUCAGAUGAUAAGAAAUCAGGAAAAAGCACGCCUGGGCGUAAAUCUACACCGCCAACCGCUGAAAAUGGCAAGAGCAGCCCCGCUAAUGAACCCAAAUCUUCUCCGGCCGGUUCUUCCGGUACAAGCCCAAUUAUUCGCUCUGGAUUGGAAGUGUUGGGUCACGGCAAAGACCACCUUGGCGCUUUUAAGAACAUUCCUGGAUUAUCCGGAUUCAAUCCGCUGGCGGGACUCUGCUGCCCGCCGGGAAUGGAACAACAUGCUAACCCGGCGUUCAGACCACCUUAUGCCGGUGCUCCAUUCAGUGCACAUCACGCUGCUAUGCUAGCAGCCGCCGCUGCAUUCCCUGGAUCUUCACCAAACCCAUAUCUUGGAUAUGCAAGAGUAAAGACCCCCGCCGGCGGUGAAACAUUAGUGCCAGUUUGCAAGGACCCCUACUGCACUGGAUGCCAAUUCUCAGCUAACAACCAUCAUCUACUAAUGAGCAAUGGAUCGUGUCCCGCUGGUUGUACACAAUGCGAACACCAAAAGUACAACCUCGCCAUGGCAAUGGCUCUCUCCCAGCAAGGGGCCGCAGCCGGCGGUAUGCCAUACGCUCAACUAAGUCGUCCUUAUGUUUGCAAUUGGAUUGUGGGUGAAUCUUACUGCGGAAAGAGGUUCGGCAACUCUGAGGAGCUCCUGCAGCACCUGAGAAGCCACACGACGGAUGGUUCUACACCUGCUUCUGUUGCUUCAACGCAGGCUUCUCUGCUGAACCCUCUGAACCCGCUGUUCACGACGGCAGGCUUGCGCAGCGCGUACCCGACGGCGCCGCUCAGCCCGCUGUCGGCCAGCCGGUACCAUCCUUACUCGAAGGCUGGUCUGCCCGCCGGCCUGGGCGGCUCUCCAUACGGUGCCUUCAACCCAGCGCUCGGCCCCUUCUACUCGCCGUACGCGAUGUACGGCCAGCGCCUGGGCGCCGCCGCCGUGCACCAGUAAACCAAGUGAAGUGCAAACCUGGACUUAUCGUCUAUGUUGUAUUGUCCAAUUUUCUUCUGUGAUAUCGAUAGACUAUUCAUGUUCUAAGGCGCGACCCGCCAUGACAAAUUUAGUGAUUAGUGCAAUUUAAGUAUAGUAAUUUAUGAUAAGUGGACACCCCGACGGCAUGCGUCGAGUGACAUUGAUAACGGACUGUACAGCCAAAUGUUUUGUGUAAAUAAUCUCUAUGUUUAAUAUUAAAUGAAUUAUUUCAAUUAUAAUAUCUACCUACCAAUCAUAAAA